UCUAUCUGUUUAUCUCUCUAUCUAUCUAUCUAUCUGUCAGUAUACUUAUCAAACUAUUAAUCUAUCUGCCUAUUUAUCUAUCAACCUGCUCACAUGCCUACUUACAUAUUUAUCUAUCAGUCUAUAUACGUAUCUAUUUGUUAGGCACUGUUAUGUUACCUGCCUACCUACCCUUUUUAUCUAUCAAUUUAUCUACUCACAUAACUGCAUACCUACCCACAUACUGAUUCCCACACCUAUCUACGUACUUAUCUAAUCAUCCAUCUAUCCAUCUCAUCACCACUCUGUCAAUCUCAUCACUCAGCGGGGUGGGCGUGUUGUCUCUAUGUUGAACUCCUCGCCAUCACAAACCCGGUGCUUCAACCUUCACUUUUGCCGCCCAGUGCUAGAGCAACACUCCCAGGCGAGGCGAAGCGCGUUCCACACCUCACAGUCCCAGCCAGCACGCGGCGCCACCAUGACCACCGCGCGCAGAAGACUGGGCGCCCUCCUGCUGGUGGCGGCGAUGGCGCUGACGCUGGCAGCGACGAGUGAAGCGGCGACACUGCGAAGAGGGCGUGAGAGAAUCACCAGUGGGCCUGGCGGGUAUGGCAGGCGUUUAAAUGUGAAGAAUGAGCGUACUGGCGACGUGCAGAGUGGGCGUGCUGGAGCGCAGACUGGACGUGAGGAAGUACAAAGUGAGCGUGCUGACGACGUGCAAAAUGUACGUGCUGGAGUGAAAAAUGGCCGUGCUAGCUUACAAAGGAGACGUACUGACGUGCAGAGUGGGCGUGGGGACGUCCAAAGUGUGCGUGCUGGCGUGCAGAAUGGACGUGCUGGCGUGCAAAGGGGACGUGCUGACGUGCAACGUGGGCGUGCUGGCUUGGAAAGAAGUCGUGGUGGCGUGCAACGUGGGCGCACUGGUGUGCAAAAGGAGCGAGCUGGCGUGCAACGUGGGCGUGCUGGAGCGCAGACUGUGCGUGCUGGCGUGAAAAAUGUACGUGGUAACGUGCAAAGUAACCGUACCGGCGUGCAGAGUGGGCGCGGGGACGUGCCCGAUCGAACGGGGGUGGUGGUCGCCUUUGAGACACCAGACCAGGAGCAGUUUCAGUACGGGCGUCCCGGAGAGGCGGUGUUCGGCGCCUUCAGCUGGCGGAGUCCAGAAGGCGUGUUGGUGGUGAUGCACUACGUGGCUGACGCUGCGGGAUAUAGGGUGACAGGUGGCCCGGUACCAGAGGACAGCAGGGGCGUGGCAGCGGGAGGCAAGCAGGUCUUCCCGAGGGCGGCAGAUGGCAGCAUCAUCCUUACCUGAGCACGAGGAGGAGGUGGUGGACAAGGAGAAGAAGAAGAGGUUGUGAAGAUUAUCCGAAGUGAGAGUUUUGGAAAGGGAGAUGAGAUGAGGACAGUGAGUUGAAGGAAGAAAGGGGAGAUGAAGGAAAAGGAGAUAAGGGAGAGCAAAAGGGAGGUGAAGGAAGGAACGGGAGUUGGAAAAUACCUCAAGUGAGAGUUAUGAAUAGGGAGACGAGCGAAGGAAAAGUGAGGUGAAGGAAGGAAUAGCAGGUGAGGGAAGGAAACGGAGGUGAAGAACUGAAAAAGUUGAAGAAAAAAUAUGAACUUAGAGAGGGAGAUGAAGCAAGGAAAAAAAGGUAUGAAGGAAGGAAAGGGAGAUAAACGAAAGAAUAGGGAGAUGAAGGAAGGAAAGGGAGAUGAUAAGACGAAGAGAACAGAGUGAUAUAAUGACAAAUAUUUAGACUAUGUGAUAUAUAUGUGUGAGAGAGAGAGAGAGAGAGAGAGAGAGAGAGAGAGAGAGAGAGAGAGAGAGAGAGAGUA